AUGGCAAGUGUGGCAAAGGCGACAAGCGCUGGAUUGUGGAGGAAGGGUUCGACGCCAAUGUCCACGACUGGCACUAGGCGGAGACCAAUUGGAUAUGAACUUAACCUCUCCCUAUUUUGGAAAGGGGGGGUUAGGGACUCUGAUGACAAAUCCUUACUCAAAGUCGAUGGAUCCAUAAAAAUCCCAUAUAUUUCCGAUGAGAACGCCGAUCAUGAGGAUCUAGAAAUCAAGUUCACGGUUAGGUAUGAGGGUCCCAUUGGUAAGAGGCUGAAGGAGGCCAUGAGCGCUAAAGAGGAUGGAGGAGUUUACGGUGGUGUUCGGAGCUUCCUCUUACGUACGUGUUGUUUGGUGCCUUUGGUUUCAAAAACAAUCAAUCGCAAAGAACUGAAGAUGCAAACAUUGAAUGCUUCGUUUAGUGACAAUAUGGAGUUCACUCUGAAGGAUAAUGACCAUGACCAAUUAGAUCAUGUGGAUAGUGUAGAUGUUCUCACGCCGAUGAUUGGGAUGUUGUUUGAUUCUGUGGAUGACUUGUUCAAUUUUUAUAAGGAUUUUGGUCAACACAAUGGGUUUUCUGUUAAGAGGAGAUCCAUAAGUAAGGAUAGUAGUGGGAUGUACAAAUAUUUGGUAUUUACGUGUGGUAGGUCUGACAAAUUUUAUAGUCAUUCGAAGAAUUCUAUUUGUCAUCGUGCAUUCUCUAAGAAUGAAUGCAAGGCUAGGAUUGCUGGACGGCUUUCUAUUAAUGGUAAGUGGGAGAUAACUCAGUUUAACAAUAAUCACAACCACGAAUUAAGUCCAAGCCAAUCAAGAUAUUUUAGGUGCAAUAGGGAAAUUAACCCAUGUGUGAAAAGGCAGCUGGAGAUUAAUGAUAUGGCAGGGAUUAGGCCGAACAAGAGUCAUAAUGCUUGUGUUAUUGGAGCUGGUGGUCAUGAAAAUUUACCAUUUCUUGAGAGAGAUACUCGUAACCUUAUUUCUAAAGUAAGGCGUAUGCGUCUUGGUGAAGGUGAUGCUGUUGCAGUUCAGAAUUAUUUCCUUAAAAUGCAAUCUAACAACGAGGGGUUCUUUUCUUUGAUUGAUUGGGAUGAUGAUGGGAGAUUGAAGAAUGUUUUCUGGGCUGAUCCACGUAGUAGGGCAGCAUACAAAGAAUUUGGUGAUGUUGUGACGUUUGAUACGACAUACCUCACCAACAAGUAUGACAUGCCAUUUGCUCCAUUUGUUGGUGUUAACCACCAUGGUCAUUCUAUACUUCUCGGUUGUGGUCUCAUAUCUUCGGAAGAUACAGAAACAUUUGUUUGGUUAUUCAGGACAUGGCUAGCUUGUAUGGGAGGUGUUGCUCCUCAAGGUAUAAUAACUGACCAAGAUAGGGCAAUGAAAAAUGCUAUAAGAGUUGUAUUCCCAGAUACCAAGCAUAGAUUGUGCCUGUGGCAUAUAAUGAAGAAAGUGCCGGAGAAGUUAGGUUCUCACAUAGAAUACGAUGGCAUAAGACGGUUGUUGACUGGAGCCAUCUACGAUUCUCAGAGCAUAUACGAAUUCGAAGAUUCUUGGCAUAUGUUGAUUUCAUUUUAUCAGUUGGAAGAUAAUGUUUGGUUGUCUUCUUUGUACGCCGAGAGGGAGUUGUGGGUACCUAUCUUUGUGAAGAAAUAUUUUUGGGCUGGAAUGUCUACAACAGGGCGAAGCGAGAGCAUGAAUGCAUUUUUUGAUGGAUAUGUGAAUUCGAAGACGACAUUGAAACAAUUUGUGGAACAAUACAGUAAUGCUCUUAGGAAAAAGAUUGAGAAGGAAAGUCAAGCUGAUUUUGAUUCCUUCCACAAGCAACUAUCUUGUGCUACAUUCUAUGAUAUGGAGAAGCAGAUUCAAAAACUGUAUACUGUGCAAAAGUUUUUGGAGUUUCAAAAAGAAUUGACUGGAAUGAUGUAUUGUGGAUUUAAAUCAAUUGACGAAAGGGAAUGCUCGACUCAUUACGUAUUAUAUGAAGAUGUUGUGUUUGGUGAAGGUGGUAAGAAGAAGGUUAUGUUUGAUGUGAUGUAUGAUGGUGAGGACGUUAAUUGUUCAUGUUUGAGUUUCGAGUUCAGAGGAAUUGUUUGCAGGCAUGCGCUAGUUGUGUUUAUUGCUAGGGAUAUUUUUGUACUCCCAGACAAAUAUGUGCUUACGCGGUGGAGGAAAGAUGUAAGGAGGUGUCAUUCACGUGUGAAGAUUAAUUAUGAUGGUUGGACAUUAUCCAAUGAACAACGCCGUUACGAUGAUAUGUGUAGAUCUUUUUCUCAGUUGGCUGAUGUGGCUGCUGACAAUGAAGGUUAUUUUGUUAAUGUAAUGCAGUGGAUUAAAGUUUCAUUGAAGAAUAUGACACCAAAUUCAUAUGUGUCAUUGGUCCCGGGAUCCUCUAAUCCAAAUGAUCCAAUUGUCAGAAGAGGGAAAGGACGUCCACGUAGUGUAAUGAAGCGGAGGAUAUUCAAAAGGAGGAGCACGGGGAGUAGCAGUGGUGCAGCUGGAUCGUCAAGAACAAAUGAUAUUUCUGUGUUUUGA